CAUAGUCGGACUGUCGAUAGUGCCUUCCUCCUCUGUAUGGGUGUUGCUUUUCGCUUGGCUGUUCCAGGCUCUUUCCUACUUUCCCUUCGAAGGAUUUAGGGUUUGAGUUCCAAUCCUUUGCUUCCUUCCUUUUUUUUUUUUUCUUCUCUUUUCUUCUAAAAGAUCUUGUAUUUCUACAUGGAUACAAGAACAAAGAAGGAGCCAGGAAUCCCCCACCUUCGGCAUUGCCAUCAGCAGAGAAUCCCGACACCUUCCUUCGUUGUAAGAGGUUCUGCGAAUAUUUCUUCCCCAAUGGCUUUCUAUUCCAUGCUCAUCUUUGUUCUCAUCUAUUUAUUUGCAGGAUCAGCUUCAUCGGAGCUAGUAUUAGAGGAAGGGUAUACCGUUUCAACUGUUCUCGACGGCAACAAACUACAGAUCAACCCAUAUUCAGUCCUGCCUCGACCUGGAACUAAUGAUCUUGUCGUCCUCGACCACUCUGGAAAUAUCUUCUACACAGUUUCUUUUCCUAUCUCGCAAGAAAGCGAGAUUAAUCGGUUUGCUGGUAAUGGUACCGAGGGAUUUUCUGAUGGAGAAUCGAAAGCUGCCAUGUUUAAACACCCACGGAGCCUCACUGUUGAUACAAUGGGGAAUGUUUACGUCGCCGAUAGGAAUAGUCACUCCAUUCGGAAGAUCAACAAAUCGGGUGUGACGACGAUUGCUGGAGGGUAUUCAAAGGGGCCUGGCAAAGUGGAUGGACCUGCACAGAAUGCAUCUUUCUCUGACGAUUUUGAACUUACUUUUGUGCCUGAAAGAUGUGCGUUGUUGAUUUCUGACCGUGGAAAUCACUUGGUCCGCCAGAUAAAUCUGAAGCCGGAGGAUUGUGGAAAGGGUUCUAAAUUAGAUCUAGGAGUGGCUGCUAUCUGGUUGGUGGCAGGACUGGGAGCCUUGGGUAUACUUGUUCUCGUCUCAUACCUUCUCAUCUCUCGUGACGUCUCCGGACACGGCUGUUUCAGCGGGACAUGGAAGCACUGCCGAAUCAUUCUGGAGACACAAGCUCUGAUAAUCUGCUCCGACAUCAGAAGCGUAAUUGCUAGCUCCAGAUCGUACUUGUUUUUGCUUAGGCUUGCCAGGCUGAUCCGAUCUUACCUUUUUCUUAUGUUUGGGAUCCAUAGAGUAGAACAUCGUAGUUUCUCAAAGGAACCCAUUUCUUUGCUUGAUUUAGAUGUUGCAAAUAACCAUGAGUUGACAAAACAACAAAUAUAUGCUGACCAGUUGAAGGGUUUAGUUACUUUUGAUGGAUGCCAGGAUGCAUCUGAGAGGGUGGAGGGCUUUAAGCAAGGAAAUGGGGACUUCGAAGGAACCGGUGUUUUAACUGACAGUUGUGUGAAGGUCGAUGCUAUGAGGUGGGCUAACAUUAUGGAUUUCACAAACAAGGGUGAUCAGGGAAACACAAUGGGUCCUCUGGUGGGUUCAGGAUCAUCAUGUUUGGUUAAGAGGGAAUUGAAAUUAGACUAAAAGACAUUUUCCAUCUUGGCAGUGUUGUAAAUAUUCAUCAUCGGACCUAAGAGUUCUGGAGCUUUUGUAUUGGGAUGAUUAUGGUAUAUUGUCUUUGUGAUAUCUAAUGUUGCCUGUUGUUUGCAAGAA